GUGAGAUUGAAACCUAUAUUCUAAACCCGGUCACAGAAUACUUGUUUAGUUAAUGUUUGUGUCUAGUUCCGGAUUUACCAGGAAUUUCGGAAUGGCCAUAUUCAGGGGAAAGCAAGUUCCGGUGCUCGGAUGGGCCUUCAUUCUGUGUUUGGUUAUAGAGCAAGUUAUGGCCAGGCCAGGUGGAGAAUGGUCCCAGUAUAAAGAUUUGUGUGCUGAUGAUCCUCACAAAAGGGAGAUGUGUCAGAGAUGUGCGAAGCAGACCAAAUCGCCGGUAGUCUACCCCAUGUGCUGUAAUGAAGAAGAUGAGGUGCACCAUUGGUGUAUACAAUACACGACGUUUGGGAAAGAAUAUUGAAAUGUCGUCUUGAGGCUUGUUUACACAUCACAAGUUGCACGACAGUGGCUCGAUUCAUCUAGCCCAGCUCGGAUGAUAACUUGCACUGUGUAAACAGGCCUUAACUCAUCACAUUCCUGAGGAAGACUGUCUGUGAUACUAUUUUCUGGAGAGUGAAUGGUGACUGAUGAAUACUUAUAUUUACCUCUAGCGAAGACAAUAUUUUUGCCAAGAUGCUUUAUAUUAAUUAGAGAUAAGUAUUUAAGAUGUGAUAUUACGUGGUUGUCAUACUACUUGUGUAGCCAAUGACGAUUGAAUCAAAAUUAAAUGUAACUAUUAUAUUAUGAAAUUCAAUCGUAAAAGGGAAAACGAAUCGUUUUAACCCCUUAUUCAAUUUAACAACAUCGUAGACUUUUUGAUUUUCGGAAUAACUUGUUUGAAAAUUCGCAACAUUCAAUGCAAAUAAUAGCACAUGCUAAAACACUUUUUCAGGAAUACAAGGUCAUUCUUAUUUUCAACGAAAAAAUUGUUUCACUAAGGUAAAAUCCAAAACUGUAAUUUAUAUGAAAAAAAACAAAAAUUUAUCAACGCUUAACAUCGUUAAUAUAUAAAUUGAAUCAAUUAAUAGAGAAAAAUCACGCGCCGUGGCAUAUGAGAUUUGUGUCACUGAGUAGUAACUUAAUGUUUGUGCCAAAAGUGUCUCAUUUAUAGGUAUGGUCCCUUUUUUUAUUUUUCGGAUAUUAAUAAAGAUUUAUUUAUUUUUUAAAUUCUGAGUGGUGUUUCGUUUUGAUUAAUACAUGAUGUGAAAGUUGUUAUCGUUUAUUUGACCAUGGCUCUUCUUUAUUGCUUAGAUAGAAUCAUUUGGCUUUCAACACUAUCUCAUGUCAACCAGCUUGCCAUAGUGUUUCUGUGAUUUCUUGCAUUUUGCCAAGCAUAUCAAAACCGUGGAUUCAAUUUUUGAAGCAAUUAUUUAUAUUUACCUUAAGAGACAUGACCAUAGGAUCAAUGUUGUUGUGGUCGUGACUUUUUUAAUUAUGCGGUGACGGAUCAUCACAGUUUGAGCUCGGUGAUUCUUAUAAAUAAAGUGAAUAUAUUUUUCAGAUGAUAUGAUUGAAACCGAAAUCAUAUUCGCUCUGUUCGGUUUCGUUCUGAGUUUGUUAAGAUUCAUUUAGCAUUAUUGCUACAAUGUCAAUUUUGUAUAAUUAUUCGCUUCCAUAUUUUUCUUUAAUCCAUUUUCUGUAAUUUUACAUUCUUGUCUAUUAAAAUUACAUCCCUAUGCAUUUUGAGUAUUCAUAAAGUGACUUUCUAAUUUCACCUUAAACAUUUUUAAAUUCGAACACUGUGAGUGUGACAGUAAUCAUUCGCAAGGCGCAGAUUCAGAACGGUUCUAAAAUAAUUCUCUAUAGAAGCCGAACAGUAAUCAUUUUUUUUUAUUUUUUCACUUGUCACUGAAAAUAAGAAUGGCCUAGGAGAGUUCAGUACAUAAUUUUCGGGUAAUCCUAAUUGUAUGUGAGGAAUUAACUACUCCUAGAUUUUCUCUACACCACGAAGCCGCGCAGGUAGAUGCCUAAGUACCAGGACAAAGCGGUUGCCAUGAGGAGCUUAAAGAAAUUUUGUUCUCAAUCUCGAUGAUCUAGGGAUAAAGGAGAGGUCGUAUUGGCCAGUUCUGGAUGCACGAAGUCCGACACAUUGGUCUAAUGGUAGAAAUAGCUAUAUGGACGACAGCCUGCCAGUGUGAAAGGGUCCCGAGACUGUCCGUAAGAGAAGAGUCAUCAAUCAGGCAAAAUAAACGGCUCUUUGGUAGAACUCGGCCAUCCAUCCAAAGUGGAUGAGCACUAUGACGAUUUUUGUUCGUCGUGGUACAGUACUGUGUUUUGAAAGCAUUAACCUGUACAUGAUUGUUGCAUCCCCAAGUAGUGAUAACCUUCAGGUCUCUCGUCAGAGAUGAAGUCGCUGCUAGUCUUCUUUUCUCCAGUACACUGGCAGAGAUCGGCUUCAGCAAAGCUGUGGAUUGGAUUGUUCGGGAGAGGAGGUCGUAGAUAUAUAAGGGGAACAGUGUUGGAGCAAAGACUGAUUCCUGGGAACACCCGCGUUGACGUUGUGGGAUGACCAGAAGAACCCGUCAAUUAUGACGGAUAUCUUGCGGUCAGAGAGCAGGUCUGCCACCCAUCUGCAAAGCUUCUCUGGAAGGCAACAGGAUGGAAAUUUGCAUAAGUGGGCAGCAUGCCACAGCUGAUCGAACGCUUUCUUCAUAUCAAGAGCAGCGACAUGAGCCUCACCAUAACUGGAUGGGCUUACUUCAGAAUUGGGUAAUCUGUGGAUCGCUGGUGCCGGAAAUCGUCAUGCCUGUCGCUAAUCAAGCCCUGACGUUCGUGCGAAUCCAGAAGCACCUCUCCAUAACCUUACUUAUAACAGAAAGCAGAGCUAUAGGCCUGCAGUUGUAAGUGUUGAUCUUAAACCCUCUGUUUGGGAUGGUGCCGGGUUCGUAAGAUAUAUGGAAGAGACGCGAAAGAAAAGGAGCAAGCUCCACUGCACACCUCUUCAAUACAACGGCAGGAAUCGAGUCUGGAUCAGAAGCUUUAUUUCCCAGAUAGUGUAGGCCACCCUCUGAAUCGACGGCACUCGGGCGUUGGAGGAUACGUCAAUGGAGGACUUUUUCCGCCUUAGCCUUUGAGUCAGUUACAAUCAUUCCAUCCUGGCACGUAAGUUGACUGUGCCUAAUUUCUAGAUCGUGCGGGUCUUUGUAAUUGAGGACCGUUGAUUUCGAUGUUCACAAAAUUACGAAAAUCCGGUAACGUUAGGCAGUUCUUAUUAUCUCUGGUCGAAUUAUAGUGAAAUAAAUGUUCUAUUAUCUCAUCUUCCAUUGUGCAGGUAUUCCUGAAGUUUGAUUUUAGAAUUCACUAUUUUAGCAACUGUAUAUGUGCUAGAAUUUUAAUAUCAGUAUUAUAUAUACAGUGUGGAAUGACAUGCAAGUCGUCAUAGGUACACCAGUGGUAACAUCCGAAAGGAUGAUGAGAAUUUUAUACUUUAGUAUUCAGGUUAGACGUGUGAUAGAAAUUGUGGCGAGAUGAAUGUAUGAAUCGUGCAAGACUAGCUAGACAUAAACGCAGCAUAAUUUUCAGGUUCCAUAUUCAGUUCUCAGAAAUGUAGUUUUUCAUAUUUUUAAGGUAUAUAAAAAUUGUUUUGAACCCAUAUCUACAUAAUAGUUAAAAAUGAUAGCAUUAUGUUUACGUAUAAUGUCAAAUUCACAUCUUGGGCCAACGUAAGCCAACACGAAUAUGUAAACGCUAACCCAAUGCACUUUGGCUGAAUGAUGACAUAUCAUUCCACGUUGGCACAAACGGUUGCUCAAAUGUGUGAAUGCGCCAUAACAAGUGUCCACUCAGCUUAUUUUGACUUUUUAACAUAUUUUAUUUUGUUAUCGAAUCAUUCUAAUUAAUAACACGGAUUAUUCAUUUUAUGAGGGUAAGUUAUGCUAGCUAGGUUUUAUUGGUGUGCUGAAAAAUAUUGAAUUUUGAUUUGUUCAUACCUAGAUGGCUGUGAUGUAUUUUGCAAAAUGUUCGUUUUAGUAGUAUGUGUGAAAUAUGAAUAGAUCAACUUGUAUAUAGUCAUCAAAAAAGAAUCUUACGAGGACAGAUAGACUCUUUUGCUUUUUAUUGUUCGAUAAUUCAAAAAAUUACAGCAGGACCUGUCAUUUGUUAAAUAUAUUUGAGUGGUGAUGUGUACGUUGUAUGUAUGUAAGCUUUUUGUAACUUUUUUAAUAAACAAUAAGCUAGUGUAAUUGUAUUUGUGUUUUUAUGACCCAUCUUUAAAUGAUAAAAUUAAUCCUAAACUUUUUUAAAUGAAUCAAGAUUGAUAUCAAUUAACUUGUUUCCUUGGGUUCACAGCGAUAAUGUUGACAUCGUUUGUGGAGUGCUGUUCAAAAAGGGCUGGUUAUUUUUUAAGCAGUUGAAAAAUAAACAAACUGAAAUUUUACUGUACCAUGUACUUUAUAAAUCUAUAAUAUAGUAUGAAAUCACUAUCAGUACAAAAAUACUCAAUUUUUAUUUCCCGCCAGACCUCUAUUUUCAAACCAAGAAAGUUACUGCUAUGUGAAGGACGAAAAAGCUUUGUAGGUUUUGGAAAUCGACCAGUGGCGGUGCAGUGCUAGAUUAACAUGUGUUACAUAUUAAUUGAGAUGCUGGAUCUAUACAGGGUGUUUCAAAUUCGACCCUCACUAUAAGAGAUACGAAGUCGCUUAACUAGAGGCAAAGUUGCGUAUUUUGGUAACCAACAAAUAAAUAAAUAUACAGGGUGGCCCAUCCAUGUGUGGACGGAAUAUUACUCAUAAAAAAUACAUUUUGGGAAAAUCUAUUUAUGGGAUGUUAUACACGACAUUUGAGGGCACAUUUCUAAUAUAUUGGCCAUUAUACA